AGGGUUCCUGACUCAGGAACAAAACUUGAAGAAGAGACACUUGUACUCUACUCCGAGCCGUGCUGAGCAACCCAACGCGACGUGCAUAGGCCCGUUUGUACUCGUGGCUCUAUCCUGCUUCGUGUGGGCUGUGUGAACCUGCCAGGUCUUACGUUGCAGUUGUUGAUUGCCUGCCCUUCUUUUUCGAGUAAUUCUCUCACAUGCCUUCGGGUCCAAACCGAUCGUCCGUUCUAUCCGACCAAGAAAGCGUUUUCUCGCAAGACAACUCACCCUCUAUCUAUCACUACUCCUCAACACGCACGUCGACGGCUUUUCUCUCUGCCGCCCUUUCCCGUACGACCGGGGGGAACCUCGCGAAUGGGAAAAGAGACGCCAAUCUACUGUUGGCUCUUGUCGCCGUUUGACGAAUUUCAGCUUGCGAUAAAGAAAGUGACGGACUGGCUUGGUUGAAUGGAUUUUCUAUAAGAAUAAUAAUACCGAGUUUUACAAAAAACACCUUUCUAGAGAGAGAAAGAGGGUGGGAAAGGGAUGGCUUGGUACUCUAUCCUUCCUACUCAUUUGACCGUCUAUGAAACUUGGAUCAUUCGAGGUUUUUUGUUACUGGCCGUAAUCAAUCUCCUCCCUUGGAUCCUAGCCAUCCUCUACGACGCAUGUCUCUACGUCGGCCGAGUCAUCUACCACGAGAUCCCUUUUUUUGGUGGCCGGGCGAGGGGUGAGCAUCGACCUCGCGCUCCGAGUUUGAGAGACAGGGUGAGGCGGAUGAGUUUUGUGGACCUGGUCACCGGGAGUGGAAGUGCGCCUUCGACACCGACUCGAGGCGGUACGAGAAGGGACACGGACGCGGAAAAGAGGAAAUCGGACGAAGGACCGAGGCAAGAUCAGACAUGAGAUAUAUUAUGAGAGACACGCAAAUAGGGCAGACCUUGUACGGAGUGUGCAGAAAGAACAACAAAACAUUGCGCAGAGAUCAUUGACGAGUCAACAAGUUUGACGAGAAGGAUGAGAAUGAGGAUUGAAAGUACAACGAAUUCAAAAGCCAAAGAUCCACGGAUUCAUGCGACACCAUACACGAGCCAAGUCUCCCCUGAACUCAUUCUUGAAAGUCAGUGGUGGAAAGGGAAAAAACCGUCGGGGGUUUCCCUGGUGUCUUUUGGAAGUCUCAAACGCAUGAUUCGGGUACCGGAAGAGGAGGAUGUUUGUUAUUACGGUGCUCCGUACGGAUACGCACCAGAGAUAUAUCAUCGUUGUUGAUCGAGAAACACGGAAUCUCUCACAUCUUCAACUAUUUAUUUGCACGAGGAGUGCCGGCGAUCGGUAGAGGGAACACGUACUGUAAGUUGUACCUCUGGUUGUGCUUUUGUUGGCCACUACAACUUCUGUAUGGGGGCAUAUCCACCAAGUCCCUCUCCUCCUGGUGGUGGUGCCGCCGCCGAUGCCGGUCCAAAACGACACAGACAUGCACACUCCCGUACAGAGAGUGAGGAAACCUAGAAUCCAUUUCCGGCAUGGCCUAGGCAACGAAGAAGGACUGAACUUGUGUGGUUUUUGUUCUUUUCAAGGACGCAAGGGUUCCCGCGCAGGAAUAUUUUCUCUACUGACGAGGGGGGGGAAAAGGGGGGAUCCUAUAUCUGAUUGUUCAAAGUAGGAGUAGUCCACUAUCGAGGUAUCCUUUUCCUUCACGUCGUCAAUGAAUGAGUGCCGAGUUGAUAAUCUAUCCAAGAAACCCUUGACUCUUGU